AUGUCUCAACAAGCUCAUGGCCAACAGGCCAAUCCUUUCGCUAAUCCAUCGUAUGCACAGCAGCCGAUCCAGUACGCCCGACCUAGACAGGACUAUGAUAAUGAUUCAGAAAGCGGAGACCCUUAUACCAGCACUACCCGUCUUGCUACCAGCAGUCCAGGGUAUUAUGAUCAGAGCCCGAGCCCGUAUGGAGGACUCGGCAGUCGCUCCUACGCCCCUUCAAUUGUCUCUCAGGCAAGCCAGCCGUAUGGCUCGCCUUUUGCUGACCCGGGCCAGGGCUCUCAGCCUUACCCAGCGUGGUCCCAGGAACGCCAGAUACCCAUAUCCACAGAAGAAAUAGAGGAUAUUUUUCUCGACCUCACUCAAAAGUUUGGGUUCCAGAGAGAUUCUAUGCGGAACAUGUUCGAUUUUCUCAUGCAACUUCUUGACUCACGAGCAUCUCGUAUGAGCCCAAAUCAGGCUUUGCUCACAAUUCACGCCGAUUACAUAGGCGGACAACAUGCCAACUACCGCAAGUGGUAUUUUGCUGCUCAGCUCAACCUUGACGACGCUGUUGGACAGUCACAGAACCCUGGUUUGCAGCGGCUCAAGAGUGUCAAAGGCCAGGUGAAAACGAAAGGUUCAAAACAUCUUGACAGUGCACUCAACCGAUGGCGGAACGCCAUGAAUAACAUGAGCCAAUACGAUCGUCUGCGCCAGGUAGCUCUGUACCUACUUUGCUGGGGUGAAGCUGGAAACGUGCGAUUUGUACCAGAGUGCCUCUGCUUCCUCUUCAAGUGUGCGGACGACUAUUACCGUAGCUCUGAGUGCCAGAACAGAGUGGAGCCCGUUCAAGAGGGACUGUAUCUCGAACUGAUAAUUAAACCGCUCUACAACUUCAUGCGGGACCAGGGGUACGAGGUCGUAGACGGCAAGUUCGUGCGUAAAGAGAAGGACCACGAGGAAAUCAUUGGGUACGACGAUAUCAACCAGCUUUUCUGGUAUCCUGAAGGCCUUGCUCGAAUUGUUCUGGACAACAAUACCCGCCUUGUCGAUGUACCACCUGCCCAACGUUUCAUGAAACUUAGUCGCGUUAAAUGGGAUCGCGUGUUCUUCAAAACAUACUUCGAAAAACGAUCCACUGCACAUCUCUUAGUCAACUUCAAUCGCGUGUGGAUUUUGCAUAUCUCCAUGUACUGGUUCUACACAGCAUUCAAUUCCCCCAAAGUCUACGCACCCGCUAAUAAGAAUUUCCCUGCUCCCGCUAUGGAGUGGUCCGCUACCGCGCUCGGUGGUGCUGUCGCAACGCUGAUCAUGAUCUUUGCCACUAUUGCCGAGUUUAUGUAUAUUCCGACUACUUGGAAUAACGCGUCCCAUUUGACUACACGGUUGAUAUUUUUGCUCGUAAUCCUUGCUCUCACUGGUGGGCCAACGGUUUAUGUCGCCUAUGUGGAGACUCGACCGGUUGUUACGACCUCGGCAGUUCCUCUCAUUGUCGGUAUCGUUCAAUUCUUCGUCUCUGUUGUGGCUACCGUUGCAUUUGGUCUUCUCCCCUCUGGACGAAUGUUUGGCGAUCGUGUGGCAGGCAAAUCACGCAAAUACAUGGCUUCUCAGACUUUCACUGCAUCAUACCCGGAGCUCACGCGAACGGCUCGUUUUGCCAGCAUAUUGUUAUGGUUGCUUGUUUUUGGAUGCAAAUUCACCGAGUCGUACUUUUUCCUCACCUCUUCGUUCAGUUCGCCGAUCGCAGUUAUGGCACGCACGACUGUGCAGGGAUGCAAUGAUAAGAUUUUUGGUAACGCAUUAUGCAGUAAUCAGGUUCCUUUCACCCUUACCAUCAUGUAUGUUAUGGACCUCAUUCUUUUCUUCCUCGACACGUACCUUUGGUAUGUCAUCUGGAAUGUUGUGUUCAGCGUGGCACGAUCUUUCUCCCUUGGUUUGUCGAUCUGGACUCCUUGGAGCGAAGUGUACACUCGCAUGCCGAAACGAAUCUACGCCAAACUACUUGCAACCGGAGAAAUGGAGGUAAAAUAUAAGCCCAAAGUGCUUGUAUCGCAGAUCUGGAAUGCUGUCAUUAUAUCCAUGUACCGCGAACACCUUCUUUCCAUCGAGCACGUCCAACGCCUUUUAUAUCACCAGGUUGAUGGUCCGGAUGGACGCCGUACGCUUCGUGCACCGCCUUUCUUCACCAACCAAGCUUCUGGCCACAAGAAUACCUUCUUUCCCGCUGGUGGUGAAGCCGAGCGCCGCAUCUCCUUCUUCGCAUCAUCUCUCACCACCGCUUUACCUGAGCCGCUGCCUGUGGAUGCAAUGCCUACGUUCACUGUCCUUGUUCCGCAUUACUCGGAAAAAAUUCUUCUUAGCUUGCGUGAGAUUAUUCGUGAGGAGGAUCAGAACACCCGUGUCACACUACUCGAAUAUCUGAAACAGUUGCACCCGGUCGAGUGGGAUAAUUUCGUGAAAGAUACCAAGAUUCUCGCAGAGGAGUCCGAUGUGGUGGACGGCACAACGACCAUAAACGAGAAAGGCCACGGGAAUAGCAAAGCAGAUGAUCUUCCGUUCUAUUGCAUCGGUUUCAAAACAUCGUCGCCCGAAUACACGUUGCGCACCCGAAUUUGGGCCUCGCUGCGUGCACAGACUCUUUAUCGUACGGUUUCUGGUAUGAUGAACUACUCCAAGGCGAUCAAAUUGCUGUACCGUGUGGAGAACCCCGACAUUGUCUCGAUGUUUGGAGGCAACACAGAGAAACUCGAACGCGAACUGGAAAGGAUGUCGAGGCGAAAGUUCAAAUUCGCGAUCUCUAUGCAACGUUUCUCCAAGUUCAAUAAAGAGGAACAGGAAAAUGCAGAGUUCUUACUACGCGCGUACCCGGAUCUACAAAUCGCAUACUUGGAUGAAGAGGCAGGUCCCAAGGGCAGUGAACCAAGGCUGUACUCGGUCCUUAUCGACGGGCACUCUGAGAUUGAUGAGGUGACAGGCAAGAGGAAACCGAAAUUCCGCAUCGAGCUCCCUGGUAAUCCUAUUUUAGGAGACGGUAAAUCGGAUAACCAGAACCACGCCAUCAUCUUCUAUCGUGGAGAGUACUUGCAGCUUAUCGAUGCCAAUCAAGAUAACUACCUGGAGGAGUGUCUCAAAAUUCGUAACAUCCUGGGUGAAUUCGAGGAGUACGCUAUAUCGAGUCAGAGCCCAUAUGCGCAAUGGGGUCACAAAGAAUUCAAGAAGUCUCCUGUGGCCAUUGUUGGUACUCGCGAAUACAUCUUUUCAGAGAAUAUUGGAGUUCUUGGUGAUAUUGCAGCAGGAAAGGAGCAAACAUUCGGAACGAUGACUGCUCGUGCGCUUGCAUGGAUUGGAGGUAAACUCCAUUAUGGACAUCCAGAUUUCUUGAAUGCUCUCUUUAUGACCACUCGCGGAGGUGUCUCCAAGGCACAAAAGGGCCUGCAUCUUAACGAAGAUAUCUUCGCGGGUAUGAACGCUUUCGGACGAGGUGGACGUAUCAAGCAUUCUGAGUACUAUCAGUGCGGUAAAGGUCGUGACCUUGGUUUUGGUACAAUCUUGAACUUCCAGACCAAGAUCGGUACUGGUAUGGGAGAACAGAUGCUCAGUCGAGAAUAUUAUUAUCUCGGAACACAGCUGCCUAUUGAUCGGUUCCUGACAUUCUACUUUGGACAUCCAGGUUUCCACAUCAACAACAUUCUCGUUAUCUAUUCAAUUCAAGUAUUCAUGAUCACUCUUCUCUACAUCGGUACACUCAACAAACAACUGGAAAUAUGUCAACUUGACGCGCAGGGUAAUGUUCUCGCGGGCCAGCCGGGUUGCUACAACCUUAUCCCUGUGUUUGCUUGGAUUAAACGUUGCAUUAUCUCUAUCUUCUUGGUCUUCUUCAUAGCCUUCUUGCCUCUUUUCUUACAAGAAUUGGUGGAGCGUGGUACUGGCAAAGCUAUCCUACGUCUCGCCAGGCACUUCAUGUCUUUGUCCCCUAUAUUUGAAGUGUUCUCCACUCAAAUCUAUUCCCAAGCUAUCCUCAGUAACUUGACGUUUGGUGGUGCGCGGUACAUUGCUACGGGACGUGGAUUUGCCACGACUCGUAUCUCCUUCAGCAUCCUUUACUCUCGCUUCGCUGGACCCAGCAUCUACAUGGGGAUGAGAAAUCUUCUCCUGCUUCUCUACGCUACUCUGUCUAUCUGGAUACCACAUCUCCUUUACUUCUGGUUCUCGGUUUUGUCUCUCUGCAUAGCGCCAUUUGUCUUCAAUCCUCAUCAGUUCUCUUUCGCGGAUUUCAUCAUCGAUUAUCGAGAGUUUUUACGCUGGAUGUCCCGUGGUAACUCCAGGACGAAGGCCAGUAGCUGGUAUGGGUAUUGUCGACUCUCGCGUACUAUGAUAACUGGGUACAAGAAGAAGAAACUGGGUCAUCCUUCAGAAAAGUUGUCAGGAGAUGUUCCUCGAGCAUCGUGGCGUGCAGUCGUGUUUUCGGAGAUUAUCUGGCCAAUUUGCAUGGCUAUUAUUUUCGUAGUGGCUUACAUGUUCGUGAAGUCAUUCCCCAACCGAAACGGCGAACAAAAUCCGAGUGCGUUGGUUCGUAUCGCUAUAAUCGCGAUUGGUCCAGUGGUGUGGAAUGCCGCCGUGCUAUUGGCGUUGUUCUUUGUAUCUUUGUUCCUGGGCCCCAUGCUCGAGUCUUGGGGGAGGUUUGCGUCAUUUAUGGCCGCUGUAGCCCAUUUCCUCGCUUUAGUUGGGAUUGUCGCCUUCUUCGAAUUCUUCUGGUUCUUGGAGCUUUGGGAUGCCUCACAUGCAGUUCUCGGUGUCAUCUCGAUUGUUGCCAUUCAGCGCGCCAUCCAGAAAAUCCUCAUUGCCGUGUUCCUGUCUCGUGAGUACAAACACGACGAAACCAAUCGAGCUUGGUGGUCUGGUAAAUGGUAUGGACGAGGACUGGGGAACUCCGCUAUGUCGCAACCUGCUCGUGAAUUCAUUGUCAAGAUCGUGGAGAUGUCGCUCUGGAGUUCCGAUUUCUUACUCGGACAUAUUUUGUUGAUAAUUUUGUCGGUGCCCAUCUUCAUUCCCUUUAUCGACAGGUUGCACUCCACCAUGUUGUUCUGGCUUCGUCCGUCAAAACAAAUCCGCGCUCCCUUAUACUCGACGAAACAGAAGCGACAACGACGCUGGAUCGUCAUCAAAUACACUCUACUUUACAUUAUCGUAGUUGCAGCAUUGGCGGCAUUGAUUAUUUUGCCUGCCAUCUUCCGGGAUCAUAUCACGUUCCAUUGCACUCUAUGUCAAAACAUUUAAUCACUGAACAAUGCGCUAGAUACUGUGGUUCAUUGGGUUGGAUGUUACAUUACCAUCGACUCAUCUGUUCUUUCAUCUACAUCCCUUGGAUAGUAUGACCUUUUUAGUUAUCGCUGUAUAUGAUUUUGCUUGCUCUUGUAAUGUUACACCCCGAGGAUGGAUAUUGAAGAGACUCAUCUCGU